UCAGCUCGUGAAAUAAUUCCUUGUCGCUCUCAUUCCUGGUUGGAAUAUUGCUCGUGCUGUUAUCUGUUGUGUUUUUGGGCUGUAACUCUACGAAAAACAUGUCCCUUUGAUAAUAAAUGGUUGAAAAAAAAUCAAGUUAUAGACAUGGAAAAAUCGGUUCGUGUUUAACCGUGUAAUAAUAGUGUCGAUUGAAUAGAAGGCAGGUGUAAUUUAACGGGUAGAAGGUAGGCUCGUGAAUUAAUAGGAUAUCGAUUUGCCCGCACAAGUGCUGUGCUGGCUGUAACGCACACGACCGAGCAACUAGGCAGCCAUGGACGUCGAUAUUUUUGGGGCACAGUCCGUACGGACAUUGAAAUGUGACCGUUUAACAUCGUCAAAGGCCUGAUGAAAGGCAAUAUGUUGAUAAUCAGAGUCGCGAGUAUAGCGAAGUAGUAUUAAAUAAAGAAUAACGGGAGGGCAAAACCCUCGUACAACGGUGGUUCGUAGCUAGUGUUGUGUUUGUGUGUAUGAAUCGUCCGGUGCAUUGCGUUUCGUUCCUUGUUCCCUCGGUUCCUUGUCCGCGAUAAAGUUCAUCGUACGCGAAUUCCAACGUGAAAUAUAUAUUACCGAAAGGAUAUUGAAAAAGGAAGAAUCAAACCAGCGCCUUCUUUGUCAAAACCAGCACAAUGGAGCUUGGAAGUAGCAUGGGUUCAGGGGCAGUCGCCUGUCCCGUUUGCACCUUGUAUUUACGCGAAGGUAUAAGCUUGCAAAAGCAUUUGGAUACCCACCCCAAGGAACAGGUAAUAGAAGCUCUGAUCAAGGCCAGCACAUCGCCAGCACAGCAGCCUCAGCUGAACAUUUCUCAACCGGCGCAAAAUCCCAUCCAUUCACCACCGAAUCCUGUGGCUUCUCAGUCGCCGUAUCCUGUAGGACCAGUUUUUGAAUGUCCUCCGGUAGCUCCAAUGAUGUCACCCCAAUUUGCCUCCUUCAGUUAUCAACAAUUUGUUAAUAACGGGACAAUGAUGAUACCGCAGUACGCGAUGGCGCCGCAAGCCAAUCAGAUGAUGCAAAUGCUGUACAAUCCUUACGGUAUGUAUCAACAGCAACAGAUACCAGCGGUCCAAAUGAUCGCUCCUAUAUCAAAUGUACCAACAACUUCGAGAAGCAGACCUAUGGUCUCUGUGGCUAGUGAAAGUGGCGCUCGGAACAACAUAAUUUCACCUUUAAACAGUGCUGAUCUUGAACCGAAGCAAAUUUUACCUGAAAUUGAAGCAGAACAGGUUUUACCAGAUGUUGAAAUGUCGGUAGGUUCAAUGCCGUUGUCUCGCGAACCAACGGUAAGCACAAACCAGCAGGAAGGUGAGGAUCAAGGUGAUCGGAAUCAGGCCCAACAAGGACGGCACGAUUCAAUCCCUCCUCAUCAGGAUAGCAGUAGUCGAAUUGAGUAUGGAAAUAUUGUGCAGAAUUCAGCAAUGAGCAACGGUACAGUCGAGGAUGACAGUGAUAAGGGAGAAAGCGUACUACCUGACAUAGAGGAUACAGAAUCGACCGGUCCUACACAACAAGUUCCCAUACAGCACGAACAUACGCAAACUCAGAACAGUGAGGAAUUUACUCAGAACUUUGAAGGGGAUUCUGAAAAGGAACGUAAUAGUCGAUUAGCUAUUAUUGAGAUUGAUUUAGAUGCAGAAGAUAAUAAAUUAGAUAAUGCAAAACAGAAUUUGACGGUACAUCGUGAAAAUAUGGUUGUUUCAGUUGAAGAAAGUAUGCCAGUUGCAAGAGUGAAGGGAUCGACUGAACAACCUGAAGUAGAACAAUUGGAGCGUUUGUUGAUAACUAUAAUGGAUACUGAAUUCAAUGUUGAUUCAUUGAAAAGUAAAAAUGAGAAGAUCGAGGAAGAGGAGAAAAUUGAGAAAGGCUGUGAGCAGGAAGUUAUUGUAGGUGAUCGAGAAACUAGCGUGAUUCAAGAAAUAACAGCAACUACCAACCUAGGUGUGCCGAGAAGUUGCGUAAAGGUGUUGGAGGCUGAUCGGAUUCGAGAAUCCUUAGCUCUUAGCAAAGACAAUGAUGACCGUCACACAUCAGUUCAAACGGAUGUGAUUGAAACUUGUGCUCAAGAGGCUAGUACCCACUUUGUAUAUAGUUACAAAAAUAGCAUAUCUGCUCCUGCUUCACCCGCUACUCAAAAGAGCUCCUAUCGGCUUAGAACUUAUUCGACUCGUUCGGAAAUGGGAUCGAAUGAAAACCUAAGUUCUUACCCUGUUGGUUUUGAGGCAACAACGCUAUUGGAUGAGGAAGAUAAUGAAGUGGCCGAAAAACGGGAGUUUAGGGACAACUUUGACGAAGAAGACAUGGAGAUUGAUGAAAUUACCAGCCCUCAUACUCCAUUUGCAAAACAUAAUGAAAACGUUGAGUGUGUCAGGUCUCACACACCAUUGUCAACUUUAAGCGGAAUCUCUGGUCUUAGAGUAAGAACCGAUCUCAGCAAACCUUGUUCGCCAGCUUCGACACAUUCCUUUCAACAUCUGGACACAAAUAGCCUUUGUCCAGAAGAUGAUGCUGAAGAGAUGGUAGACCCUGCAACCGAAAAAGAUCCUAUAGAUUGUAUGCAACUUCAGAGGGAAGUGGAACUAAUGGAAAACUUGAAGAAUAUUUCACAGAAAUUACAGCCGAAUCAUGUCUAUCAUCAAUCUGUGAUAACUGAAAAUCUCGCCACCUUUUCUAUUGAACAUCACUCUCAGAAAUCCAUAAAUAUCCAUGACCGUUACGCAGAGACAAAUCGUCACAAUGCUGAUAAUCUUUUAGACUUAUCUGAACCGUCAGAACCAACGACAAGUACGGACUCGAAAAACUUCCAACCUGUCAAGUCUAUUCUUCACAAACCAACUACAGAAUUGUUGAAUAUCAAUGAAGAUGCGCAUCCAGGACCUAUGAAUGUACUUGAAUUUGAUGGUCUUCAGAUUCUGGUACCUAGCACGUUUAUUAGUGAAUCUUCCCAGAAAGCUGUCAGUGCAACUAGUCGACAAUCUAUAGUAAGCAGCGAGGGUGGGGUGGAGGCAGAUGAGGAAAUCAAGAGCGUUAACAUGAGGGCGGAUGAAAUCAUGCCUCCAAGGGGAGAAUUAUCGGAACAAGAAAGCAAUGGAUGCCACGAACCUUCAGCAUGGCAGCAGUUGUACAUGGGUCAGGAAUCGUCACGGAUGUCAACGUCGUACGAUUUAAUGGCACGUGAGAGUUGGGAGGAAUCUGAGGGAUCAGAUAACGAGAUUGGAGGCCCUCUUUUAGACAGUCGUUCAUUGGCAACACAUUUCACUUCCAGUCUGUUCCUGGACCGUGAUAGAAAAACUCCUACAAAGCGAUCUUUCAAGUGCCCGCAUUGUUCGGAAGUUUUUGACUGUCCAAAAGAACGUAGAGUGCAUACAGGGACUGUACAUAAAGAAGCAGGACCUAGCAGCAGCAGAGAUCCUAUGGAGGAACCCGAAGUUAAAGACAUAAAAUUACUAGAAGGACGAAUGAAUGUGUUCGACGAUCUCUUUGUUCCAGGGCUGCAUGUGCAGCAACCUCUUCUUCAUCAGCUUCAACCAGUCCAUCAUACUCCGGAUGUGACAAAGUUGGAAGUUGAUAGGAAGAUUGAAAACUUAAUUGUUCCAACGUCUAUUGAAAUCUCUUGUUCGAUUUGUGGGCAAAUGUUUACUAGCGAAAAAUCAUUGCAAAUACAUCAUAGAAGGGUACAUGUUUCUGAGAGUAAUAAGCGUGUGCGGGAGAGCGCUAAGUGUCAAACAUGCAACGAAGAAUUUCCAUCAGUUGUUUUGUUUAAUACGCACUUGAAGAUUCAUCCCUUGGAAUGCGGUCAAUGCGGUAAAUAUUUCUAUAGAAAACAAAACUUCAAACUACAUAUGAAACGACACCUUGGAAUAAAGCCUUUCCCUUGCACUGUCUGUGACAAAGCAUUUCUAACUAAACAAAAGCUGGAUGAACAUACCAACGGUCAUACGGGCAAUGCUCCUGUCAAGUGUAACUUGUGUAACGAAACUUUUAGACGUUAUUCGAACUUAACUCAACACAAAAAUCGGCAUCAUUUAAAUAUUAAAAAAAAAUUAAAGGACUACAUUUGUCACUGUGGCGAAGUGUUUCACACAAAGAAAAAAUUGGCUUGGCAUAAAGAAACGCAUGACGAAAAACCGAAGGCAUGCACUUACUGUAAUGAGAGAUUCAUUCACAUGGCCAGUUUAACGCGACAUAUGCGGAGAGCUCAUAAUCGUAGAUUUGUUCCUGAUGCUCAGAGGGAAAAUGAAAAUGUUGAAUGUCCUAUCUGUAAAUGUAUUUAUUUACGCUCAUCCUUAGCGGUGCACAUGCGAGUUCAUAAUGGCGAAAGACCUUACGAAUGUCAAGUUUGUUCUAAGGCGUUCAGCACAAAAUGGAAUCUACAACUGCACAAAUGGACCCAUGCUGCACGCAGUACAAAACCUUUCAAAUGCAACCAAUGUAGCGCCGCCUUUUAUCGUCACAGCGAUUAUACAGCUCACAUGAACUCUCACCGCAAUGUACGACCUUAUACAUGUAACUACUGUGGAGCACAAUUUAUCCGGAAAUACAACUGCCUACGACACGUCAAAGAACACGAAGAGAAUAAAUCAUACACGUGCGAUAUUUGCAAUAAAACUUUCCACCGAUCGUACUACCUUAAAGAACAUUUGCGAGUCCAUUCCGGCGCCAGACCAUACACGUGUCAUAUCUGUGGUAAAUCCAGUAGUACCAAGUCAAAUCAUAAUAAACAUGUGAGAAUUCACCAUGCAAGGGAACCUGUAAAUACCGAGAAUUAAAGGACCCAAGGUCCAUCUUUGGAACAGCAUUAUGCUGUGUUGAAUGGUCUAAAGUACUGGGUCUAUAUUAUUUAUUUAAUGUUUGGGUCACUAUACGCCUCGUUUCUAGAGAAUGAAUUAUAUUGUUGCAUAUUUAAAGCAAGGUGAAUCAAACAUUCGCCAGAAAUUCAGAGCUGAGCUCUCAGUGGAAUUAGGGAUUUGUUUCUUCGAAACUCAGAAUAUUAGAUGAAAUGAUUCUUGAUAUAACAGCAUGCUCAAAAAUGAUCGCCCUGCUUAAAAAAUAUUUAAAACAAGUUUUAUCAAGAAUAUUAUUUCCUUAUUUUACAAUUAUAAUCUAGUAGUAAUCUGUAUUUAUAAUUUUUAACAACUAUUCUUCGAUCCAAGCAUGGAAUUAUCCAAGUUAAUUUUUAAUCAAAUUAUAACCACCAAUCAUUUUUACUCUACUCAAACAAAAGUUUGUCAGUCGUAUUGAGUAAUUAAUUUUCAAUUCCACUAGUUUCAGAAAUUUGAAAACAUACAAUCUGCACUUCCAAGGUAGAGGUGUACAAUGCACUUCAAACAAGUGCAAAGAUUCGAAUUUUGAUACCAUGUCUAGUAGAUACUAUUUACUAUUAUUUUUAGCCGUGAAAAACCUGGAGUAAAACGAAAUCGUAAGUGUGAUGGAGAAAUGAAUUAAAUCAACGAAUAAGACGAA